UGAACCAUUUGAAGACCGCCGUGGUCGAAAUUGUGCUACCCCAAGGCCACGUUUUGCUUUUAGUGAUGCUCAGCCAGAAAAAGCCCCAUAAAGAAGGAACUAAGAGUGAAAAGCUCAUUCAUGAAGAAAAUUUACGGACACUUAAGUUCUACCGUUAUUUGUUUCUGUCCUGUUAUAUAGUUUAUUUCGUUAUCACUUUAACAUUUUUCUGGUCAACCUAUACGAAACGUUACAUAGCGUUAUCACUAGGUUGCUUCGGUGCUUGUUUAGCUGCUUAUAAAUUUAUGUCCUACAUGGCUUCACCAUCUUACGCUGUCAACGAAAGAGGAACUCAUCAAUUGGUGGAUGCUGGCCUAGAUUUAAAUAUAGGAUCAGGUGGACUUGGAGAACAAGCUAAAGAUGCAAUAAUCAUGUGCAGUUUAGUCACUAUAUUAAGCUUAAUUCAUCAAUAUUUCUGGUUGCUCUUAUUAAUUAUUCCUAUUCGGUUAUUCUACGUGCUUUGGGUAAAUAUCUUGGCACCGUGGAUAUUUGAUCCAAAUCAAGAAACUCAGGUAAAUGAAAAGAAACAAAAGAAAAUGGAACGAAAAAUGAGACGAGUUGGUCAUCUAAUGCAUGGUACAGACAGAGCUGUCGGCCGAGCUAAUUAGAUAACGAAGUGUUAUGAUGAGAAAUGGUUAUCAUCAUUCUGAGUAUUGUAUUUUAUUCUAUGGAUAUUUCCAUCCCUUAUCUCGUAUUAUUCUUACAUGAUAUUCUUUCUUUGUCCUUUUUAGUACAUAUUGAUAUCUGUACAGUAAUUUAUAUUAUGUAUAGUUUCUGAAAUGACUGAUUUAUUUCUUAUUGAUAUUAUUCCUAGUAUUGUUUUAUUUAUUCUCAAAUAUGCACAGUGGUAAAUAAUUCCAUCAUUAUUUUCUUUUUUUUUUCUAUCGUUUGACUUAAAUAAUAUUGUGAAUGUCUUUUAUUAAUCAAAGAAGGGGAAAAUUUCUGUACUUCUCAUUGUUUCCAGCUGUUCGGUCAACAAGAAACUUCACUGAAUUCACUCAGUGGUCUAAAGGUUACACGAGGUCCUGGGUUCGACUACUGGUGAGGUUGUGAGUACUUAUUGCCGAGGGGUGUUACACUAGGACGAAAUAGCUGUCCAGUAUUCCUGGUUUUCAAUGAUAAUCUUUUAUUUUAUGUA